GCUUCAGUUGGUUUGCUAGGGAACUGAUUGUUGCUGCAGCAUCGUGUCGCUGGAUGAUGGCUGCGUCGAAGCCUAUAGAACCUCAGUCAUGCAGUGGACUUUCCCGAUGGCAGCUGGCACUUAUGGUAGGGACUCCAGUAGUCUUUGGCGUUGGAGCUGUGUACCUCUGGAGGCGAAGACGCGGCAGAGACAAGCAAGCGAAAACAAACGGAGAAAGGAAAACUCCCGAAGGCAGCGCUAGCCCUGUUCAUGGUCAGCAAGGCACGAGCAGUGUGGGACUGGAGAGCAUGAGCCCUCUUGACCAAGCACAGUCUGCUAAGAAUAAGGGCAACAAGUAUUUCAAGGCUGGCAAAUACGAGCAGGCUAUCCAGUGCUACACAGAAGCCAUCAGCCUAUGUCCCAAAGAACAUAAGGCAGAUCUGUCUACCUUCUACCAAAACAGAGCUGCAGCCUAUGAACAACAGAUGAAAUGGACCGAGGUCAUACAGGACUGCUCUUGGGCAGUGGAGCUGAAUCCUCGCUAUGUUAAAGCACUUUUUAGGCGUGCCAAAGCACUUGAAAAACUGGAUAACAAGAAAGAGUGCCUCGAAGAUGUGACUGCAGUGUGUAUUUUGGAAGCUUUCCAGAACCAGCAGAGCAUGCUUCUGGCAGAUAAGGUGUUAAAACAGCUGGGAAAAGAGAAGGCAAAAGAUAAAUACAAGAAUCGGGAGCCUCUUAUGCCAUCUCCUCAGUUCAUCAAGUCCUAUUUUAGCUCAUUUACUGAUGAUAUAAUCUCACAGCCCUAUCAGAAGGGCGAGAAGAAGGAUGAGGAUAAAGACAAAGAGGGUGAAGCUGCAGAGGUCACAGAAAGCUCGGGUUACCUAAAGGCUAAACAGUAUAUGGAUGAGGAGAACUAUGAUAAGAUCAUCAGUGAGUGCACAAAGGAGGUAGAGUCUAGAGGCAGGUACACAGCUGAAGCUCUUUUGUUAAGAGCCACCUUCUACCUGCUGAUUGGCAAUGCAUCUGCUGCGCAGCCUGACCUUGACCGUGUCAUCAACAUGGAUGAUGCCAGUGUCAAGUUGCGUGCCAAUGCGCUAAUUAAACGUGGAAGCAUGUACAUGCAGCAGCAGCAACCCCAGCUCUCAACCCAGGAUUUCAAUAUGGCUGCAGUGAUGGACCCUCGUAAUGCAGAUGUCUUCCACCACAGGGGACAGCUGAAGAUUCUGCUGGAUCAGGUAGAGGAGGCUGUGGGAGAUUUUGAUGAGUGUAUAAAACUUCGACCAGACUCUGCACUUGCCCAAGCUCAGAAGUGCUUUGCAUUGUACAGACAGGCCUACACUGGAAACAACCCAUCCCAAGUUCAAAAAGCCAUGGAUGGGUUUGAGGAUGUUAUUAGGAGGUUUCCAAAGUGUGCUGAGGGUUACGCUCUGUAUGCACAGGCACUAACUGACCAGCAACAGUUUGGUAAAGCAGAUGAGAUGUAUGACAAAUGUAUUGAACUAGAGCCUGACAAUGCAACAACAUAUGUCCACAAAGGUCUGCUGCAGCUCCAGUGGAAACAGGAUCUUGAAAUGGGCCUUGAACUUAUUAGCAAAGCCAUUGAAAUUGAUAACAAAUGUGAUUUUGCUUACGAAACUAUGGGAACCAUUGAAGUGCAGAGAGGCAAUCUGGACAAGGCUAUAGAUAUGUUCAACAAGGCCAUCAACUUAGCUAAGUCAGAGAUGGAGAUGGCCCAUCUCUACUCCCUCUGCGAUGCUGCUUAUGCCCAGACAGAAGUGGCCAAAAAGUAUGGUCUCAAGCCUCCCACACUUUAAAUCACAUUUCAUCAGUCUCUACUGCUGGGCCAGAGUACACAUCCCAUAUACCAGCUUUGAUUUCUUUACUAAAAUGAUCAACAAUGAAAAGGUAGAAGGUUCUGCUACCAUAUGAUUACACCAGUGUUUUGGAAACGUUUUGGAAUGUUGUGGUGUAUGAAGCAAUGAAAUUAAAAGAUUGCAAAAGAA